GUCCGUGGCUUCACCGUGGCCGCCGCAGCUGGGGCGCGAGUGGCGGCCGAAGGCGGGCGGUAGGGCGUGAGGGCCAGCGGGAACGCGCGCGUGCUGGCAGCCGAGGUCCCUCAGGAAGCAGGGGAGCGCCCAACGCCGCCCCGCACGCGCCGCCCGAGGCCGGCGGCGCGCGCGAGGGCGGGGGAGGUGCGCGUGUGUGUGCGAGUGAGUGUGUGUGUGUGUGUUGGGCUUGGGUGCGGAGCGUGAGCCGUCAGUGCCCGGGUACCGGUUACCCCGCGGUCUUCCACAUCCUCCGUCGGUCCCUGCUCCUUCCCACGACCCUACAGUGUCCUCCCACGGUCGCAAAACGAACAAGAGCGUUACGGAGCAGGUGGGGGGGGGGGGGUGGAGAGGAAGGGUAGCACCAGACAAAAGGGGCGCCGGGGUCAGCCCGCCAUGGCCUCCCGGAGCCUGGGGGGCCUGAGCGGGAGCCGCUGCGGGGGCGGCGGCGGCGGCAAGAAGAGCCUGAGCGCCCGCAAUGCUGCGGUGGAGAGGAGGAACCUGAUCACCGUGUGCAGGUUUUCAGUGAAGACCCUGAUUGAUCGGUCCUGCUUUGAGACAAUUGACGAUUCUUCUCCUGAAUUUAACAAUUUUGCAGCUAUUUUGGAACAGAUUCUCAGUCACCGGCUAAAAGAGAUACCCCAAAGUUGCAGAUGGCUGGCUCAUCUCCAAAUACCUCUUCAAGAUUCUUUUGAAUGUGAAAAAUUCAGUGUCUUGAAUUCAGAACUUGACUUUGGACAUGAUGCACACGGAAGAGGAAGGAAGGCAGAAUCAAGCCAAGUUAUCCUUACAUCUAGUUGCGGAGUAGAUAAAAGUAUUGUGGAGAUAACUACAGGUCAAGUAACCUGGUUUGGUUAUGAAAGUCCUCGUAGCUUCUGGGACUAUAUCAGAGUGGCUUGCCGGAAGGUUUCACAGAAUUGUAUCUGCAGCAUUGAAAAUAUGGAAAAUGUCAGUUCCUCUAGAGCUAAGGGUAGAGCCUGGAUUAGAGUAGCACUCAUGGAAAAACAUUUAUCUGAAUACAUCUCUACAGCUCUGAGAGACUUCAAAACAACCAGGCGAUUUUAUGACGAUGGAGCAAUUGUCUUGGGCGAGGAAGCAAAUAUGCUUGCUGGCAUGCUGCUUGGACUCAAUGCCAUUGAUUUCAGCUUCUGCCUCAAGGGAGAGGGAUUGGAUGGAAACUUUCCUGCUGUAAUAGACUACACACCAUAUUUGAAGUUUACCCAGAGUUCUGAUAGUAUCAGCAGUGACGAGGAAGAACUGAGGACUUUGGGAAGCAGUGGUAGUGAAAGCAGCACUCCAGAGAAUGUCGGGCCUCCUUUCAUCAUGGAUGAGAAUAGUUGGUUCAACAAGUGUAAGAGAGUUAAACAAAAGUAUCAGCUAACCCUGGAACAGAAGGGUUAUCUUGAAGAACUCUUACGACUUAGAGAGAACCAGCUGUCUGAAUCUGUCUCCCAGAAUAAAAUACUGCUUCAAAGGAUUGAAGAUUCUGAUCUGGCCCAUAAACUGGAAAAGGAACAAUUAGAAUAUAUAAUUGUGGAGCUUCAAGAUCAGCUGACUGUGCUAAAGAAUAAUGAUUUAAGAUCAAGACAAGAGUUAACUGCCCACCUCACCAACCAGUGGCCUUCCCCAGGAGCUCUGGAUGUCAAUGCUGUUGCCUUGGAUACGUUGCUUUACCGAAAACACAAUAAACAGUGGUAUGAAAAAAGUUAUCAAAGUCUUGACCAGUUAUCAGCUGAAGUUAGCCUUUCUCAGACUUCACUGGAUCCAAGUCAUUCACAAGAAGGAGAUGGAAAACAAGACACAUUAAAUUUAAUCACUGAAGGUAAAGAAGAUACUCCCUCAUUACUCGGUCUCUGUGGGUCUCUAACAUCAGUGGCAAGUUACAAAUCACUAACAAGUCUCAAAUCUAAUGACUACCUUGCAAGUCCCACAACAGAGAUGACAAGUCCAGGCCUAACUCCAUCCUGAGAAAUUUUAUGUAAAAGCCAGAAGUUUUUAUGUUGAAAAUGUUCUAUUUACAUAAGUUUGACUGCUGGGGAAUACCUUUGGAAUUUUAUAUUGUUCUGGCACAUGUAUGGAAUCCUAUUGCUUCUUUUAGAGAAUUCAGUCUAUUCCAUGUGCCCUUCUGAGUGAAAAAAAAUGAUCCUGCCAUUUUCAUUUUAAGAUUCUUACAUUUGUCACUGAGGAAGUUUAAAUAUGAAUAGGCUUAAAAAACUUUCAAAUAUCCUUUAAAUUAAUAACCCAUUGUAAACGGUGAUGUAUAUUUAUUAUUUAGCUGAUUUUCAUGUAUUUAAAUGCAUCAUCAUUGCCAGGCUGAGUUGAAGGUUUUAUUCUAGAGACAUGUAAGUUUUUUCUUUUACUCUCUUAUUCAAUGAUUUUCUAAAAAUGACAUGUUAAUUUCAUUUUUUCAUUAAUUUCUUCCUAUAUUCUGAUGUUUAAAUGCCUUGUUUUUAAUAUGAGGAGGAAAUUCUCAGCUGGUUUCAUAGUGGCUUAUUCAGUUUUGGUAUCAAAAUUCCAUUAACAUUUUAUAAAUUUUGUAGGAAUGUGCCUUUAGGCCAUCACUAAAUUUAUGAGGGUCAUAUGGGAAGUAUUUUACAGCGUUUCGGUAAAGUGGAUAAAUUUCUUAUCUUUAUUUUCCCCAAGAUUUUCUUAAGAGGUUACAUAAAAAUAUCAAGUAUUCCUCAAUAGUUAGAAAACAUUUAAAAAUGUACAAUACUUCUUGAAAAAAACUCCAGGUUGAUUUAAGGAUUUGAGAUCUUUAAAGUAAGGAUUAGUAAUCACCACACUAAAUAAUCUGACAUAAUAGGGUUGUUUUGUUGUCCCUUGUGUGCAACAAUGAACCAUGCCAUGUUAACGUUAAAAAUCCCUACACUUCUACUAAAGUUAGUUUUCUUUUUUGAAAAGUUAUGUGCUAUAAACUUUUUGCAGUUUUUGCAACUAUAUAUUUCAUCCAUAAAAAUCCCACCAUACUGAAAGAAAAAAAAAAUGUAUGAAGUAUAUUUUCUAUAGUAAGUAAUAUGAGGAAAACACGACCAGUUGUGCCAAAGAAGUUUUCUAUAUUGUUUACAUGAAGAGGACACAAUACUUAAUGGGGACUUUGUAUGCUAUUUUUGUUUAUUAAGAAAACACUACAUUCAAACUUAGGAGCUUGGACAUAACAGGAAGAAUGUUCCUCCUACAGCGAUUUCUUUUAUUCAGAGGAGGCAAGAAGAGCGCUGAACUUACUACAUCGUUCUUUGCAUUAGAAAUGUGUAGGAGUGUGGUGGUUCUCUGCAAUACUUAGAGCUUUAUUCUCAUAAUUUGGAAUUUAAGAUAAAUAAUAAGAAGGCUAGUCUUCUAUGUAAGACACUUUAAGCAAUGUUAUUUCAGGGACAGAGGAGGCCUGGAAGCUGUUAAAAUAAGUUAUCCUAGAUGUACCAGAACAUAUUCAGAGCUUUAUUCCUUUAGCUUAAGGCUUUAGUACUUGUAAAAAUGCAAAUAUUCUUGAAAAUUGGUACCUUUUACCUGCUCUUAAUUAUGUAUACCUUAUUAUGAGUGAGGUAUCCAAAGCAAUUUUUAAUGAGCAUGGGGCUGGAAGGAAGAUAUAAAAUGAGGACAGUGGCAACUCUGGGAGAAGAGAGUAAGAAAUGGCUAAGUUGGGGAACUUGAAAAAUUUGAAGCUGGCUUCUUAAGCACUAUUGCUGCUUUCCUAAAAAACGAUCAAAAUGUGUAAAAUGUUUUAUCAUUCACAGUCCACUCUGAACUGACAUUUAUUAUUCCUCAGUGAUUUAAAACAAUCAUUGUUAAAUUUUUUCCAUACAUUUUUAUAAUGCAGAAAGGAAAUUCAAGAUUCCAUAAUUGAUAAUUUUCCAGAUUUGUCUAAUGCAUUCAGUAACCUGUGCAUCUUCACAUGCUGCUAAAUGCAGAUUUAAACAUGACAUCUGAGGAUCAUGACUUUUCCUCCUUUCUUGGAGCUCUUGGUACAAAAUUCAUCUGCUGAUGUGAAUUCAGGUUUCUGUACAGUUCAUUUCACACUUGUUAUAUACGUAAUGUCUGCAUGAGGAAACAAUGUAUGUCUCAAUCUUUAAUUUUAGGUGGUAGUGUUUAUUGUUUACACACCCUAUCCAAAAGAGAAUGCUGAAUUAUAUGCUGAUAUUUCCAUGUGUAUUUUGUUGCCUUGAUGUACUAUACUUGUUGCAUGUAUAUUAAACGUUUUGUACUAUG